UCCGUCUCAGUGCCGAAGAAGGCACUGUUUAGAUCAACUCCACUGCACGGGCUUCCCCAGAAACGAUGCAGUAGUGACUGUGUUGACCCGUUUUCUUUUGCACUGGGCUUACGUGGGAUUUGUGCCUAUGAGCAUUCUGUGGAUAUUGUACCGUGGACGACCUUCUAUUUUAUUUCGUGGACCGUAGUUACCAUUUACUGGAAUACCUUUCCAAUGUUAGUUCUUUAAAUAAUGUGGAAAUGUAAGAAACGUAGAAAUUGAAUGAAUGCACUUUGCGAAAUAAAAUUUCAUUUGACUUGUUGAGGUUACCUGAGAUUUUCCAAACGUAAAUAAUGAUAAGCAGGAGAAAAAUUCUGUCCCGGUCAAGGGAUGAGUUAAAUGUGGAUUUAGGCUUAGAAGAAGAUGAAGAUGCUUGGUUUACAAAAGAAAGAUUAUUUAGGGAUCAUAUCCAAGAGGUGCUGAACAAAUGGGAACAGAUAGACGACGAAAUCUGGGCCAAAAUAAUCUGCAUGGAAAGGAACCGCAGAGUGGCCAAAGCUUACGCCAGAACGCCGGUCCUCACCGUAAAUGGAUCUUCUGAUGGUUUCGACGGAUACAAAAUCGGACUGAACGGUUUCGAAAAUCCAAUGCGGGACCCUAAGACUGAAGAUGCCAAAAGACACAUCGGUCACGGAGUGAAAAUUAAAAUGGAUGAUGCUGGAAACAUCAUCAUUAAACGGGCUAGCAAAAACGGAGUUUUUGUGAAGGAUGUCAAUGGUCCUGAAGAGAGCUGUCUUUCAUCAGAUAUUCAACGGCUACAGGGACAACUAGAAUUAGAAAAGCCUGUGAAAAUGUUCGACAUGAAAAAGUUCCAGCAGAAUAUUUCGAAAGAGUUACGGCGGGCGUACCCCGACCGGAGGAAGCUGGAGACCCAGUGCAUCUGCGUAGUCGCUUUCGUCAAGGACAACGGGGAGGUCCUGGACCUACCCUGCUGGGUCAUGAUCAUCAACAUAGUCGCUCUAGACAUGCUCAAGUCCAAAUUGCCACCUACAAUGAUGCCGAAGAGGACAAGCGCGCCUAAUCUGGCAAGUAUAUUCGAGCGUCCUUUACGUCAGCAGCAGGGCAACCGUCUCGCGGAUGAAGACCCUUAUAGUCUACCAGGAAUGAACUCACGCAAUUCCAUUUACGGAGUGCUAGGGGAACCUAAACCCCCUAAACUGCCACCCAGGGACAUACCUAGGGUUCCUGUGCCUACGCCGGAUUACGAAGAUAAGGAAGAGGGUCACUUCGACUUUCCGCCAGCCAAAAAUAACAGCAACCAUGUCCAUUCCAGAAAUACUAGUAUAUAUGAUGAUCCCUACUACUGUGGCCUCAGCGCUCGAGUACCAAAAUUCGGCAAGAAGCCGCCACCACCUCAAAUGCCCGGUCUUCACACUCCUCUGAGAAAAGCCCACAGUGGAAGUUACCUCAGUCUCAUCCGGCCAUAUGAUUCUGGACUAGAAUCUGAUGGCCACACCGGAUCUAGCGAAGAUGAUUAUUCUAAAAUUUAUGGUCGGCUUCGUGCUGCACCAGCUCACUACGGAUAUUACCAACGUAAAGAACUAUAUGCCAGCAAGUGGCAUUAAACAGGACAAAUUUGAUUUUGAAUCGAUCAAUGAUGCUGAAAAGCAUUAUUGAACUGAAUGCUGCACUUCUAGUUUGAGUCCUGAGUUGAAUUAUUUCAGUGUGGAAAUAAUGACAUUCUACAAAUUUUGCAGACUUAAGACUAUCAUGAAAAUACAUGCAAAGAACGUAUUCUUGAUCUUACCAAUUUUCCCUCAGAAACGUAAGCAGUUCCAUUUUAUCGGUAAAUGCAAAUCUAGCUAAUAUUGCCCUUGGGACUAUCUCUGGACUGAUAGUCCCAAGGGCGAACGGGAAUUUAACUGAUAAUUUAUAAUUUCUUUAUUAACAGUUUUUGUUAUUAAUUUAUACCUCUAAGCGUUUUAAUGUAUUUUAUAUCUCAGCUUGACAUAUUUUUAUUUUUAGCUGCUGCAAAUUAAUCUAAACUGUACUCACGUAAUUAAUAAUUGAACUCAUGUCAGCAAAAGCCACAUAUUUAUCAAUGCCAGCAUAAAGUGUUAAAUACUGCUAAAAGUUGGGGAAGUCUAUUUAAAAAGUGUACAAAAUGACAAAAAAAUAUUUAAAGAAAUGCAAGUAGACAGCAUUCCUUUCCUUCCGCAGGACUGCAAUAAAAAAUAAGUGAUAUUUCUAAACAGCAAUCUUUAAAAUGAUUAAUUUUUAACAGUUUAAAAUAUAAUAAAUUAAUAAAAUCAUUUGGGUUAAAUAAGAAAUAUCGAUUUUAUAACUUUAUUCAUUUUAUGUUAUUUGAUAUGGAUCUCGUACUGUCCAGAAUACGUUGAAUUUCAAUUUUAAAUAAUAGAAAGCAGUUUUAGAAAUAUUUACUUCUGAAACUUGACCUAAAAAGAUGAAAAAGUCAACACUUCAUAUGCCCCUCCAUAUAAAGAAUGCAUGUAAAUAGUGUAGCAGAUAUUCUACACAAAACAGCCACCUUUAUGAAAAACUUGAACUGGAGGCUGCUUUUUUCUUCUCGAAUGAUUUACAAGGAUUUGAAAACUUGGUGUUUUAAUAUUAUGAACUAUUUUUGACAAUUAUACAGUCUAUUUUUCUAUAAAUGAAAUUAUUUACGCAGUUGAUCUAAAUCAAAUGGAGUUUUCUGCCAUUUGUAUUAUUUUUUCAGUGGAAAAAAAUUCAUGUGUAUAUAUAAAUAUGAAUACAGCUUAUACAAUAUCUAUUCAUUAAACUUAUCCUUUGUAACAAAUGUAAAAAUGGCCUUUUGUAUGUGGUGUCACAAAAGUGCAGUUUAAACAGCAAAGAAAAUUUGUCCCUAAAAUGAUAAUAAAUGAAUAUUGCUUGAAAAGGAUUUUGUGAAAAUAAAUUCUACAUGCAACCAGAUGCCUACAUAGUGGGAAUACUAUGUUGCUUCCGAAGAAGAUAGACUUUAUGGCAGUUUAACUAGCAAUUUUCUAUGCUUAAUAUUUCUCAAAUGCAAACUAUCAAAGGUGAUCGAUUUUCUGUUCAGUGUAUUUUAUGCAAAAUAAAAUGUGUUUAGAAAAUUU